AUGGCCGCAGCCUCGGAGGAGGGGGGGGGGGCUUCUCAGGUCUCUGCAGCCUGCAGUGCAAGCUCCGACUCGAGGGCCAAGAGGCCCGGCGCGGCCGGACCGCAGUCCAGAGAAGAGGACCUGGCAGUCCCGAGGCGCGCGGGGGACCAGGGCGUGGGCGAGAGGCACUUAAGGAAGGUUGGGGAAGCGGCGGGCUGGGGCUUCCCCGAAACUUCCGAGCAGACGCUGCCCCGCCCGGCCCCUCUGGGACGGAGCCCCCCCGACGCCGAGGCCACGUCCCUGCAAGGCACGGCCGCCGAGGCGCACCCACCCUCGGCCCGCAGCGGAGAGCCGCAGUCUGGUCCUCCCGCAGCCGCGGGACGGACCCGGCGGCUCCGUGGGCAGGUGACCGGCCGCGUCCCCGCCCGCCCUUCGCUUUCCGCGACCUGGGACCUGACCGGGAUCGCAGGCGAGACCUGCGUCACGUGGCGCAACGGUCACGUGCCGAGGGCAGGUCACGUGCAAGGAGGGCGCGGGGCGGAGCCUGAGCUCGCGCGCUCUCGCGAGACCCGCGGGGGUCACGUGACGGCGCGGGAGCGGUGCGGCCUCACAUGA